UGCCCUCUCACUCCCCUCCUCUCCGUUCCCCUCAGACGGACAGGAGAGCAGCCGAAGUGUCGGGCGCUCCGUCGGGCCGCACCACUUCUCUGAGAUGGAACUACCGCCUUUGUCUUUAUCCGCUCGCCCGGGACACUGGUCGUCCCGUUCCUAGUCACCCGCCACGCAAACAAAUGGGAUUUGACCGCAGUGACCUUUCCGCCAGACUCCAGGACGAGGUCUCCCUGCAGCUGUGUGGGGUGAACUAGCAUCUUGGCUACCUCCAGCUGUGUUGGGUGAACUAGCAUCUUGGCUGGUGUCUCCGUCCUCGACGUGCUUCCGGAGCACGUUAGCCUGGCUCUGACAGGACUCAUCCUGCUUCAGAGGAUCCGGCGGAGCAGCACCUUGCCCCUGACAGACCACCGCUAGACUCAAGCUGCCCUGCUAAAGCCCUGUCGUGAGAACCAGGGAUCUGAGGGGCCCGCACAGCACCGGGGCGUCGAAGCGCAGACUCUGCAUGUCAUGUCCGCCUGCUCAGACCUGCCUGUUUGCGUGUCCCCGGGGGAGGCCGGACGACGUGUGUCGGUGCGGUGAGGCUGCGACCCGUGUCGUUAACCCCCUCGGUGCCUGCUUCUGCUCUGGGCUGGGAGGGCCAAGGUCAACCCUCUGGGGGGUCUGUCAAGCAAGCCCACCCUAGAAGGAAGGAGAGGAGGAGGAGGGAACUAAAAGCCUUUCAGCCGGUUGGAUCUGCUGGGGUCGGGAGAGUUUGGAGGGGGGGCUGGGUGGGUGUUGCUGAGCGCUCCUCGCACCCUCAUGGCAUGCUGCCUCAAGUCCCACCACCACGGCAGCUGGAGCCCAAGACCCCACUCAGAUGAUGAAGUCGACCAACAGCACAGCACACCGGGGGGCGAGGGGGCCACUACGGGGGACGACACCCCUCCUGCCAAGCGCAAGGGCAAGUUCUCCACCCUGGGCAAGAUCUUCAAGCCCUGGAAAUGGAGGAAGAAGAAGAGCAGCGAGAAGUUCAAGGAAACUUCAGAAGUUCUGGAGAGACAGAUGUCUUUGAGGCGGCCCAGGCAGGAGCUUAUAGAGCAGGGGGUCCUGAAGGAGCUGCAGGAGAAUGAAGCCGAGGAGGCACCCAGCCCCAAGCAGCCCUACGUGAAGAACGGCCACACCCUGCCUGUCGGAGGAGGUGGGGGAGGAGGGGGGAGUGGGGGAGGAGGUGGAGUUGGUGGAGAGGGAGGCAGAGGGCAAGUGGACCAGGGUAGACCAGGCGCAGACUUCAGGAUGAACCCAUCCUGGCUCCCCCAGCCGGAGGACCGAAGGGGGCGAUACCCACCAGAAGGAGACCGCCGUGGGGCCUCGGGGCCCAGAGGGGGCGGCCUGCAGGGGUCCAGACCCCAGGGAGAUCCAGACUGGAAGCCUAACAUGGCCUGGCAGGGGCGGGGCCAGGGGCGGGGCCAGGCGGAGGAGGGGCGGCGCGGAGGCAGACUCCACCCCGAGGGGGAGCGGAGGCCAGGGCUGCAGAAAGCUCCGUCUGAGGACGGCCGGAGGUCGCGGCCCGCGGAGGCCGAGUGGAAGCCUACCCUCCCUCGUCACGCGUCUACGGAGGAGGGCCGGGCGCGCCGAGAGUCGGACGGCCACUUCGACCCGGACACCCUGCGUGAGCCGCUACCCCCCAAGCAGCCCGUCAUGCCCCCCAAGUGGCUGGUGAGCUCCGCCCCCGACCCGGGCGGCGCCCCGCCCAACCACCUCACGCCCACCUACCCCUCCCCCUCUCCCUCCGCCGUGGCCAAGCCGGCGCGGGGAGCCCCCUCGGCCGGCGCCAGCCCCCACACCUCGGCCGUCGUGUCCCUGGCGACCAGCCCCGCCCCCCACCCCGCCAAGCAGCCGCCCCUCCCCCCUCCCAAGCCGGCCAACAGGAGCGCGGCGGCGGCGGCCUUGAUGGCCUCCACCCUCCAGGGGUCAGACAGCAGCCAGCUGCCCCUCUACUGGUCCUGCUGGAAGAGAGAGGGCGACUAUGACGUCUACCUGUCCCUGCCAGUCUACCUGUGCCGGCGGCCCGGAGGCCUGUGCUCAGCAGAACUCUCGCAAGCCGGCGGGGCGGCUAGCCUGGUUCCCUUCAAGCCCUCGCCUCCGAUGCCCCCUAAGAGGACCACGCCCGUCACCAAGCGCAUCGCCGACGACAUCCCCGGCGCCCCCCAGCCGGCGUCCCCCUCCUCCCUGCCCUCCCCUGAGGACCACAGCCACCCCCUGCUGGGCUUCCAGCUGCCCCCGCCCCCCCCGUCCCCGCCCCUGCCCACCCACAUCCCACCGUCCCCCCCCCGCCAGCACCUCCACCCCCACCACCUCAUCCACCAGCACUCCUACCCCCACCCCCUCCCCCAACCCAUGCUCUUCGACCCGCCCAGCCCCACCCACGAGCCCCACCAGCGCCCCGCGCCCAUCCCCCUCCACAUCAUGAUCCAGAGGGCCCUGUCCAGCCCCGGCCCGGCCCAGCCUCACCCAGACGGGGCCCAGCGCGCUCACACCCUGCUCUUUGACACUCCGCCCGAGUACCAGGGAGACCGCGGCCGCCCGCUGGCCGUGAGCAUCCAGCCCCUCAAACUGGCCGAGGACGACUACUCGGAGGAGGAGGAGGAUGACGAGGAGGAUGACGAGUACGAAGGGGAGAUCCCCCAGCCCGAGCUGGAGCCGCGCAGCCGCAGGUGCAUUGUGGGAGAGCCCAACAUCAGCGUGAUCCCGGAGGGACCCAACAGCAGCGAGGAGGAGGAGGAAGAGGAGGAGGAAGAGGAGGAGGAGGAGGAGCGGGACAUGCACGGGGAGGACAGUGACUCGGAUGGGCCGGUGCUCUAUAAAGAUGAGGAGGAAGAUGAUGAGGAUGAAGAGGACGAGCCGCCUCCUAGUGCACUGGCCAGCAGGGUGAAGAGGAAGGACACCCUGGCCCUGAAGCUGAGCAGCCGGCCCUGCGCCCCAGAGAGGCAGCUCCAGGGGAGGCGGACGCGCUCCGAUCUCCCCCCAGGGCAGACCGGGCUGACCUGGCAGAGCAGGGAGCAGUGGGAGGCCAUCCGGACUCAGAUCGGCUCGGCGCUGACCAGGCGACUCAGCCAGCGACCCACAGCUGAGGAGCUGGAGCAGAGGAACAUCCUUCAACCCAAGAAUCCGGCAGACAGACAGGCAGAGGUCCGAGAGAUCAAGAGGAGACUCACCAGAAAGUUGAGUCAGAGGCCCACGGUAGCUGAGCUACAAGCCAGAAAGAUCCUCCGUUUCCAUGAGUACGUGGAGGUCACGAACGCUCACGACUACGAUCGCCGUGCCGACAAACCUUGGACCAAGCUCACGCCUGCCGAUAAGGCUGCCAUCCGGAAGGAACUGAAUGAGUUCAAGAGCUCUGAAAUGGAAGUCCACGAAGAGAGUAGAAUAUAUACAAGGUUUCAUCGGCCUUAGUGUCUAUGCUCCACACUGGCAAGAGAAGCACUUAAACCGCCUGCUGGCAGAGUCUCCUCUGAGACUCAGGCCCCUGGAGGAGAACCUGGGUCUCGGUGCUCCAGAAACAGACUGCCUUUUCAUCUCUCUGAAUGUACUGUCCAGAUAAUCAGGGACGAGCCUGGGACAGACUCCAUACAGGAGGACCCCUCCUCCAUCACCCUCUCACACCUGUCUGGCCCGUGGGCUGAGGAACACAUGCAGUACUCCUCCCAGACAGCAGGGGGAUCCACGUGCCAACCGAGUGGAGAGCUGGCGGAGGACCUGAACUUGGAGGGCUGAUGUUUGUGGUAUCCCUCAGGGACUUGGUUCCAUUUGUAGCUCUGGCCGACUCAUUCUAUGUUGCCUUUUUCUUCCAUGCUUCUACUCUGUAUGGCACAGCUAGCCCUUGUUAUAACAUAACAGUAAUAAUAACAGUUAUAAUGAUGGUGGUGACCAUAAUAAACACAGUAAUAAUAGAUGUUAGACUCUAAAAGCUGCAGAGAGCGGAAGGAUAAGAAGACUUAGAGCAGGGGUCGACGUUUGCUCUGGGAUAUUUGUGUAUUUGUGUAUAGAUUUAUGUAAUUUCUUAGAAUGAAACUUGGAGAGGUCUAAUAACAAAACACUCUGUAAUGCACAAAACAUUUUUAUAUUGUAAUUUUGAUCACAGCAAAAGUGAUGGCUCUUGAUUUGCUUUGCCUGUAUUUAUGGUUGUAAUGUGGGGUGAUAAUUUGAGCUUCAAUUAGUCAUAGGAAAGGUCAACAAGGAGAUAGUUGCCCUGGUUGGUAAGCAGUUUUUCAUACCUAACAUAGAAAGCUGGUAUUUCAUAUCAAUGAUUUCUGCAAUUCGCUGCAUGAACCAACACUCAGAUUCGAGUGCAAUUGAAGCAGAACCUUUUUAUUUACUUUUUUUAAUUCUUCUUUUCUACUUCCCUUUAUAGGUCAAACCAUGCAACGAGUAGCAGUUUUAAAUGAUAGGUUUAUGGUUGUUGGCAUCAUAACUAGGAGUUCUAUGUCGCAAAAGUUGCAGAAAGUCUCAGAGCAGUGGCAGUAGAUCACACCAUUAUGAAAUAUAAAAAUAAAAUAAAAACACCAUUUAGUGAUUUUACGGUUGACAGGGAGCCAUUUCGGCAACAACAUUUUUAACGGCAGGAGUGUUUUAUCAUGUGUUAUUUUCAGGCCAGUAGAUUACAGGGUUCUAUGAUGUACAGAUUCAUUUAGAUUUAACUGACUGUUGUGAAUAUUGCGUCUUCCUAUAAUUUGAAAAUACAUUUUAAAUAUAAUAAAAGUAUUAUAGGUUGCUAUUUUUUUAAGCACAAAAUAUCAGUGUACGGUUGAACACUACAAGAAUGGGAAUACUAAAGUACGCCUUUUCUGUAUUACUUAGUUUUGUUUUUUUAAUUCAAUGUGGAGUUUUAGAAACUGACUUAUUUUAUCUUUUGAUGCAAAUAGCCACCCCCGGAUCUAAUUAAAAAACCUUACACAUUAUGUUCAAAGUCUUCUUCAGAGUACUGUGAAUAAAAGUUACUUCAAAUACGA